AGAAUAGAAGCAACAAACUUUCAAACCGAAUCUUAGUACAUAUAUACCUAAACUCCCAUUUUCUUGUAUGAACAUUUCAACCAUCUACGAAUUUCAUUUCUUUCUUAAUUCUAAAUUUAAAUAUCUUCCCCUUCCCUAUGUAUUGAUCAGCACCAUCUCCACCUCUAUCAUAUAGCAUAAAACUUUCAUCAGAUCGGAAAAGAAAGAAAGAAAGAAAGAAAGAAAACCAACCCAAAAUGUCUCUCAGGGCAAGAACUACAUCCACAAAGCAAACUUCCAUACAAGAAGUAUCCACAGAAAGUUCAAGCUCAACAAGCACCAAUAACGACCAAGAACCAUCAACCCCAAAAUCCCCAACAAAAACUCCUACUCUUUCACAAAGAGCAAUCUCACAAACCCUAACAAGCACAGCAAAUCUAGCAAAUCUUCUUCCUACAGGCACCCUUUUAGCCUUUCAGCUUCUAACACCAGUCUUUACCAAAAAUGGCGCCUGUGAUUCCGUCACGCAAUUUUUAACCUUCGUUCUUCUUUCUCUUCUUGCUGUUUCUUGCUUUCUUGCUUCUUUCACAGAUAGCAUAAAGUCAACAGAUGGUCAAGUCUACUAUGGUUUUGCAACCUUUAAAGGGAUUUUCUUGUUUGAUUGUCCCGAUCCUGAAAGUUUAGGCGAUCAAGAUUUGAGAAAGUACAGGAUUAAGUUCAUCGAUGGAGUUCAUGCAGUUCUAUCUGUUCUUGUUUUUGUUGCUGUGGCUUUGAAAGAUAAGAAUGUGCUGAGUUGCUUCUUUUCUAUGCCUCAGCAAGAAACUCAAGAGGUUUUGGAUAUUGUUCCUGUUGGGAUUGGGCUUAUUUGCAGCUUGUUGUUUGUGGUUUUUCCAACUAGAAGGCAUGGAAUUGGAUAUCCUGUUACUCAAGGAAAAUAAUUUCUUCUUUCCUAUGUUCAUUUAGAAAUUUGAGGAAAAAAGUAAUAAAUUAAUUUCUUUAUUUGUCUAUUAGGAAGCAUAAUUGUAUUGAUAUAUGUUAAAUUAUUGUUGAAAUAUAUUAUUUAUUGUUUC